AUGCAGUCUAGACCGGGUCGACUUUCCCCUCCACAACACGAUCCGAUCUUCCAACUCAAUCUUCCAGUUCAAUUCAUUUCAUCCACUGCCUAUCAACCCUUCCAAAGCCAACGCGAAUGGCCAUACGAUCGCUCAUUGCAAAGGCGCUUGCUCGUCUCGCAGUCGGCUGGUGACAUUGACUACCUGUGCCUACAUCCGUCCCUAAUACGCAGGUUGGCCAUGGCCGAGCGAAAGAAAUACCUCAAUGAAGAGGACUUCAAGGCAGGUCUUGUCGCUCUCGACAAGGAAAUGGGCCAAAACCCCUGGCUAGUGGCAUUCGCGCCUAUCAGGAUUGUCACUGCAGGCGGUUUCCUUGCCGUCUCCUAUCUCAGGAACCGCGAGGCCACAGGCGAUAUUGACUACCUGAUUGACCCUAUAUAUGUAGGCGAUGGCGAUAUCAAUAAGGCCCUUCAUGCGGCGAUCGAGUCCGUCGGCGACCGAUUGAAAUUCAAUGACGAAUGGUUCAAUGACGAUAUCUCCAUCUUUGUCACCAAGCGCGCCCGGGAAAAUGUGUUCGAGCGGGCCGAUAAGCAGGGGAUUACACUUUUCAAAGGCGAAAACCUCGAAGUGCUUGCUGCUCCAAUCGAAUGGGCGCUGGAGCGAAAGCUAAGGCGGAUUUACGCCGGUGACCGGGAUCGCAAGGCCGAAACAGAUAUGGCAGACGCAGUCGCCCUUUUGAAGAAACUGAAGGAACGAACCAACGAACCUCUGGAUUUGGAAUUGAUUCGAACGAUGAACACAAACGGGUUCGACGUUUGUCCAGAUCAUGACACAAUGCAUCGGGUUGCCAAUGUAUAUCGUGAUGAAUAUAAGGAAGAGCCCUUCAAAUAG